CUUGAUACCGUAAACAAAAGUUAAAAACGUACUAUGUGUUCUUGAUGUUUAAUUAUAAGAAAAUCUCUUUACUGUUGUGUUGAUCCAAUACCAUCUUUGAGGAUGAGUGAUAAGAAUCCCCCCACUGUGAACCAGCAAGCUCUCCUGGAGCAGUACCUGCUUCUCGCCAAAUCAGCCAAAGGGGCCGCAGCGGUGGAACUCAUCAAGCAGGUCCUGGUGGCUCCCGGAAUUUACGUCUUCGGCGAAUUGCUGGACAUGCCAAACAUACAAGAGUUAAAUUCCACGCAGUACUCCCAAUACUACCAGCUUCUGCAUCUAUUUGCUUUUGGAACAUAUUCUCAAUAUUUAGAAACUAAAUCUCAAUACCCAGAAUUAACGCCUGCAAUGAUCAAUAAAUUACGGCACCUCACUAUUGUGUCUUUAGCUACCAAAGAUAAGUGCAUACCUUAUUCUAAACUUCUAAAAGAGCUUGAUAUGAAAAAUCUUCGUGAAUUAGAAGAUCUAAUAAUUGAUGUGAUCUAUGCAGACAUUGUUAGAGGUAAAUUGGACCAAAAAAAUAACAGGCUAGAAGUGGACUACACUUUGGGUAGGGACAUAAGGCCUGCAGACAUUGACAUUGUGAUCCAAGUCCUCCAAGAAUGGUCUGAUAGCUGUGAAACUGUUCUAAAUAAUAUAGAAAAUCAGAUUAUAAAAGCUAAUACUAUGAAAGACAACCAUCUCAAACUUAAACAACAAAUUGAAAAUGAAGUAAGUACUAUUUUGAUGUACUUCUGCUGUAUUUUUCACAUGUGUUUAAGAAUACUUUCAAAUGUGCUCAAAUUACUACUGUAA